GCCGCGCCUGGACUCGCCGCCGGACGGGCCGCGCUCCUGCUCCUCCGCCUCCCGCGACCGCCUCUGCAGCGAUGGACGGAGACGGCGACCCAGAGAGCGUGGGCCAGCCGGAGGAGGCGAGCCCGGAGGAGCAGCCGGAGGGGGCGUGCGCGGAGCCGGCCGACGCCGAGGAGCAGGGGCCGGAGGAGCAGGAGGGCGAGGGGCCGGCGCAGCUGGACGAGCUGCCCGAGCCGCUGCUGCUGCGCGUGCUGGCCGAGCUGCCGGCCGCCGAGCUGGUGCGCGCCUGCCGCCUGGUGUGCCUGCGCUGGAAGGAGCUGGUGGACGGCGCCCCGCUGUGGCUGCUCAAGUGCCAGCAGGAGGGGCUGGUGCCCGGGGGCGGCGCGGAGGACGAGCGCGACCACUGGCAGCAGUUCUACUUCCUGAGCAAGCGGCGGCGCAACCUGCUGCGCAACCCGUGCGGGGAAGAGGACUUGGAGGGCUGGUGUGAUGUGGAGCACGGGGGCGACGGCUGGCGGGUGGAGGAGCUGCCUGGAGACUGCGGGGUGGAAUUCGUCCACGACGAGACUGUCAAGAAGUGCUUUGCCUCCUCCUUUGAGUGGUGUCGCAAAGCGCAGGUCAUUGAUCUGCAGGCCGAGGGCUACUGGGAGGAGCUGCUGGACACCACCCAGCCGGCCAUCGUGGUGAAGGACUGGUAUUCGGGUCGCAGCGACGCGGGCUGCCUGUAUGAGCUCACGGUGAAGCUGCUGUCCGAGCACGAGGACGUGCUGGCCGAGUUCAACAGCGGGCAGGUGGCCGUGCCGCAGGACGACGACGCGGGCUGGGUGGAGAUCUCCCACACCUUCACCGACUAUGGGCCCGGCGUCCGCUUCAUUCGCUUCGAGCAUGCGGGACAGGACUCGGUCUACUGGAAGGGCUGGUUCGGGGCCCGGGUGACCAACUGCAGCGUGUGGGUGGAGCCCUGAAUGGCCCCACCUCCAGCUUCCCCGCCGCCCGCCCUCGAGGCGGGUACACUGGCCUUAGCGGUAGCAGCCUCACCUGCCCCACCCCACGCGCCCCUCUCCUCUCCAGGCCCAGUCCUCGCGCCGGGGGUUUGCUGGCAUAUGUUUGCGCCUAGGACAUGAGAUGGGAGAAGGCAUGGGCUUGGCCUGGGCCCACCACAGAAAUCCCUGCACCUCGUACUGCGCCUGCCACAAAGUGGGCGCUCAAUAAAUAUUAUUUGCCCGAGGAAGGA